AUGGCGGGCGGGACGGCUGUUCCCAGGGGCGUUUUUUGGACUGCGCCCGGUGCCGAGCGGCUGAACAAACUCAGCCCCCAGCGCGACAUCGAUGAUUCACUCUUAAAUCAACCUCCUAUCGGCACUGUUUCCAUUGUUACAACAUUGAGUCCGCGUACGCGUUUCGACCUGGGUGGUCCGACGCGGCGCCGCGCGGUCGAACGGAAUAAGGCCGAGAUUCGUGCGAUACGGACGGGGCGGAAUGGAAACGGAAUAGAUAGCGGGCGCUUGUCGGACGUCGCAACGGAUCUGGCGCGGCGGCGCGUCUACGCACGUCGCCGCGGUGCUUUACGCGUCGGC